AUGGUAUCAUAUGUGAGCAUAACGAACGCCUGUCAACUCAACAAAAAAGAAUUUAGUUUGGCUGUUAAAACCUCAAAACGAUUUUGUGAAAUAGCCUUCAAACACGGUGUGAGCUUAGAGGUUCAAAACCCUCAUGACUUCUGUGUUACAAAAGUAGAGUUCAAUGAUCGCUUCUUGCCAAAAGGGCACAUACGCAAUAAGAAUACGACAGUACAUAAUCAUGCUGAUAUUGGCAGAAUUGGCAAUCUACAUAAUUGUACUGCAUCUAACAAAAAUUACCGUCUGUUUGAUUUGUAA